CUCACACUCCCUGCAGAGGGAUCAGGACAGACUUCCAUCCCACACAGACACCGAGGAUCACUGGACAUUGCAAUGGGUGGCACAUGUCUGCAGUUUUUUGGCUUUAUCUCAGGCUUUAUUGGCUGGAUGGGGGUUGUAGUGGCUACAGCCACCAAUGACUGGGUGCUGACCUGCGACUACAGCAUUAACACGUGUAGAAAGCUUGACGAGCUGGGAUCCAGAGGUCUAUGGGCAGACUGUGUCAUCUCAAUUGGGCUCUACCACUGCAAGCCUCUGGCUGACAUCCUUACUCUGCCUGCCCACAUCCAAGCUGCCCGAGCCCUGAUGAUAACAGGCUCUUUCCUAGGACUUCCGGCCGUGUUCCUGCUACUCUCUGCCCUGCCCUGCAUUCGCAUGGGCCACGACCCCGGAGUCGAAAAACACAAACGUUUCUUGCUGGGAGGAGUAUUGAUUGUCAUCCUGGCCCUGAGCACCAUCAUGGCCACCAUAUGGUUUCCAGUAUCCACUCACAAGGAGACCACCAUUGUGACUUUCGGAUAUUCUCUGUACGCAGGAUGGAUCGGAGCAGCGUUUUGUCUUUUUGGAGGUAUAGUGAUAGUGUGUUGUACGGGAGAAUCUCAAGCAUUCAUGGAGAACCGCUUCUACUACUCUUCUCAAGGUUCUGGAUCACCUACCCACGCCAAGAGUGCUAAUGUGUAGGAAUCCAAGGACCGAAUGUUCUUACACCGUCUUGAGCCUUUGUUCUACUAUUUCUGAUGGACCAACAUGACUUAUGUGCCUCUCAUUCUAUCUGUGUAUGCUGUUCGAGAACAAAGUAGCUAUACUACGGAGUGUAUAAACAGUCUAAGAAAUGGUUUACAGCGACACAUCUACAUGCCAAAUGUAUUUAAUUGGUGCUUCUCAACUGAUACUUGGAACCGAUAAAAUCUUAUUUAACUAAUUCACUACCACAGAGUACAGCAGCACAUCUGAAUAAAUGUAUGUCGUUCUGACAGGGGCAGUGUUUUAAAGCAUCUUUUACCUUUACAGAAUUUGCAUUGUAUGUGAAAUUACGUGUAUUGUCCUCUCUAAACUGACACAAAAGAACUAUAACCGCCACAACAAGCUCAAGUAAUUAUGGUGCCUUUUAUUGGGACAUUGUGUGCCCAGUGGAUCUUCUAUGCAUUUCAACGUGUUGUAGAAAGUUAAUGCAAAUUAUGGUUUGUUUUUGUCCGAUUCGUGUUUGUCCUUGAUACUAACUAAAACAAUGCCUUUUCCUCUCAUUUCAUACACAAAUAAAGGCAAUGCAGUCUGACUGUAUUUAACACAAUAGCAGAGUUUGAGGCCAAAACAUAAACAAGCACUUGGCUGUACACUGCGAAAACAAUACCAGUAUUAUUUAAGUCCAAAGAUUCAAAGUGGAAAAGACAAUAUUUAAUUCAAUCCCGCGGUUACAUAACACCAUUCAUUAUUGGGAGCAUGAGCAUUAAGAAUUGUUACUUCCCUUAUGGAAAGAGGUAACAAUUGCUCAUCAGUUGAACCCUGUAUUAGAGUUUUAUCUGUGUUUUAGUAAUGCUUGGUUUGUGACUUCUCCUAUCUGCUUGCACAUUCAGACAAAAAACACAUUUGUUAUUAUUUACUGAACACAUUACGAAUUUUCAUGCUGUUGGACAGUACAUGAAAACGGCUCCCCUGCAAUGCGUAAAAAUCCAUAUGCUAUGGAAGGGAAAUCAGUCAAUCAAGAAAGGAAGUGUGGAUUAUUGAACUGAUUUCCAUUUUGCAUAUGUUGAUUGUUGUGCACUAUAGGGCACAAUUUGUAUUCACUACCCAACAGCACAAAUGAUAUGUAUGGAGAAACAUCCAUUGGCCCUAGUGGCCCCAGGCGUAAGAUCAGUUACAUGGGAAAAUGAUAUCUUAAUAGAUUGGUAUAUUUUAACGUGACCUUCACUAUUCAUUUUCAGAUGGAAUAGUCUAUUUAAUGCAUAUGCCAAUUAUUUAUCGAUAACUAGCACGACAGCUGUUUCAUAUAUAAUUUUUUAGACAUUUUUUUCAUGACUCAUUUUAUCAUACAACUGUGGACCUACGUUCCUGUUAACUCGGGAUGCAGUAAUACUCGUCAAACGCAAAUGAUUUAAGUAGAAAAGUUUUUAUCACUGCCAUGUGCUAUACAGAUUGAAAAAUUGUAAUUUAAAUUUAACUGGAAGCAUUCUUCAAGAGCUACCAUUUAUGAGCCAAGCACAGAGUUAGCCAAGCUGUAUAACUCCAGAUGUUCCUCAAAUACAAAUGAUACAUCUGGGUACUACACAGAGAAAUGGUAGACGCAGAGGAUUUGAAACAUACCUCUCAUUUUGUGAAUACUCACAGCCCCUAAUUUUAGAUUUUCAUUUUGUAAAUUCCUGAUUUUUUUAAAGCACAAAUUGAGGUUACAAACAUAAACACUGCAUUAUGUGUGAUUUAUAAAAAGAAUGUACUUUUUUUAAAAACAGUUUUUGUAUGCAGAAAGUUUAUAAAUGGAUAUAUUACUGGUUUCAUUGUGGAUUUUUCAUUCGACAGUUAGUUUUGAUGACUAGGGUAACUGAGCUGUGAAAUGUAAGCCAACACACAGAAGUUGGAAAAUCAAUAUAUACCUUAGCUGAUUAAGAGAAAAUUAGUUCACACACCAACACAACUAUUUGUUUGAUGCGGUGUUUCUCAACCCAGUCAUCAAAACAGCCCAAGCCUAUUUCUGUUAACUCUUUUAACACUUACCUCUUUCCAGCCCCGAGGUCCCAUGGUACUGGCUCUGUCCCUCCUACUGGAACUUCACGCCUUUGAGGGAACCUAAUGUAUGUUUAUAGAGCUUCCCCAUAGGAAAGUAUUGACUCA